AUGAGGAGAGCUUCAUCUUCAUGGUCUGACCAAAUUUCUGUGAGGAGAGGAACAUGGAGUCCUGAAGAAGAUCACAAGCUGAUUUCUUACAUUAAAAGAUAUCGGAUUUGGAAUUGGAAUGAGAUGGCCAAAGCUGCUGGUUUGGCUAGGUCAGGGAAGAGUUGCAGGCUUAGAUGGGUUAAUUACCUGAAACCAGAUAUAAGGCAUGGCAACUUCUCUGAGGAAGAAGAAGAAACCAUAAUCAAACUGCAUGAAAUGUUAGGAAAUAGAUGGUCUGACAUUGCAGCCAAGUUGCCUGGAAGAACAGAUAAUGAAAUAAAAAAUUUCUGGAAUACUAAGAAAAGGAAACUUGAGAGGAACAAAACAAAAACAAUAUCAAAUUUAUUGCCAAAAGUUCAUAAAUCUGGUAAUACCUCAGCUACAAAUGUUCAACAUAAAAUGGAGGAUUACAAUGGGAAAAAUAAUACUAUAGAACAGACAAGAAUGUCUGAAUCUAGGCUCAUGAUCCAACCAUAUCCUCCAUGUGAUGACUUAUUUGUCUAUGCUUUUUUAUGUACAAUUACAAACCAGGACCCUCAUUUGAAUGAUAAUUUGUCUGAAUUAUCUGGACCAGAAGAGACUUUUUUUAGCAGGCAGCAAUUAAAUCCAGUGAGUACCGAGCAGCAUGAGGAGCCUCUUCAGUCACCUUCAUUAUCUCUUUCUAUGUCUGAUGCGUCCGUUGAGCGGAACGUUGGGCUGAUCGGAGAGCUUCAACCGUAUACUAUGAUGGAAGACGAGUAUGCACUACAAGAUGAUGGAACCAUAGCCGCAAACCUGCGUCUGGAAUCGGAGCUUGAAGAGUUUCUUCGCAAUGUUCAUCUGAUAUAGGA